AGCAUAAGGGCUCAGAAAGGAGGGGAUUGGAGAGAGAGUUCCCUCCCGCCUGCCACCCCAUGACUUCUCCCCUGACCCCUCCUUCUCAUUAAAAGAACACAGGUCGGAAGUGGGGUUAGGAGAGGUCUGGGAGGAAAGGCAGGUGGUGGGGAGGAGCCAGCAUCUGAGGCCUGGGGAGCUGCUGUGACUAGGAGGACCUUUCUGGGACAAACCUGUAUAUUGCUGGGGCUGGAGAACUGGCUGUCUCAACUGCGAAGCACAGAUCGUUUUUACCUCGAUAAGGGGGUCAGAAGACAGAAGAAAAUAUGUAGUUCUAAAUCCCAAGGCCACCUCAGGACAUUGAGCUCAGGAGAAGGAACCCAACCAAGAGUGUGCAUAUACUUUGAGACCACACUUCAGACUCCUCUUCUGGCUUCUUAACUCAGUUAGCUUAGAACAUAACUCUGUUAACUCGAUGCCCCUGUGCCAUGACCUCUGAGGUAGAGAGCUCGGGUAACUGACAGUGGCCCCAAAGGCCUGUCAUUCUCCAGACUUUUGACCCGGAGACCCGGACCCCACUGGAUGCUCUGCGUUACUGAGGGCUUGCGUGCGUGCCUUUCGGAGACGAGGAACAGCUGACAUGUGUGAGCCAUUAGCCCUGUCUGCUCUCCUUGGCACAUUGUAGAGCCCCAGGGAGUUUCCCUUUUAAAGAGGUGGCCCUUCGAAGCUGGAGGACUGAGGAGCAGGCUGUCUCUCUCUGGGUUUCAGCCGCAGGACUGAAGCCACCUUCUCACCCCUGACCUGCGUGUGCUGUGGCCACCACGGAGGUGUCAAGGCAGCUGUGGAAGCAGAUCCCUGAGGAACCUUGAAAUGUUGAUCAUCUGGUGGUUCUGGUCUCUGCUGGCCAUCUGUGCUUCUGACUCCUUCCGGAACCAGGCGGAGAACAUCAUGAGAACCACACCGGUCAUUGACGGGCACAACGACUUGCCUUGGCAAAUGCUCACUCUGUUCAACAAUCAGCUCCGGAAAUCAGAGGCCAACCUGAGCGCGCUAGCGGAAACACACACCAACAUCCCCAAGCUGAGGGCUGGCUUCGUGGGAGGCCAGUUCUGGUCCGCAUACAUGCCUUGUGACACCCAAAACAAAGAUGCCGUGAAAAGAAUAUUGGAACAGAUUGAUGUCAUACAUCGCAUGUGCCAGCUCUAUCCUGAGACCUUCGAGUGUGUCACCAAUAGUUCAGACAUCCUACAGGCGUUUCGGAGGGGGAAAGUGGCCAGUCUGAUUGGCGUGGAAGGUGGCCACUUGAUUGACAGCAGCCUGGGUGUUCUGCGGACACUCUACCAUCUGGGCAUGCGGUACCUGACCCUUACGCACAACUGCAACACACCCUGGGCCGACAAUUGGCUAGUGGACAAAGGAGACGACGAGGCUGAGAGCCAAGGACUGUCGCCCUUUGGGAAGCUUGUGCUGAAUGAGAUGAACCGUCUGGGUGUCAUGAUUGACUUGUCCCACGUGUCUGUGGCCACCAUGAAGGACGCUUUGCAGCUAUCCAAGGCACCGGUAAUCUUCAGCCACUCCUCUGCCUACAGCGUGUGUCCACACAGGCGGAAUGUGCCUGACGAUGUGCUGCAGCUGGUGAAGAGCACAAACAGUUUGGUGAUGGUGAACUUCUAUAACCAGUUCGUGUCCUGCUCAGACAGCGCCACCUUGUCCCAAGUGGCUGACCACCUGGACCACAUCAAGAAGGUGGCAGGCGCAGGGGCUGUGGGCCUUGGAGGAGAUUAUGAUGGUGUUACCAACCUUCCUGUGGGACUGGAGGAUGUCUCUAAGUACCCAGACCUGAUAGCAGAGCUUCUCAGGAGGAACUGGACAGAAACCGAGGUCAGAGGCCUGCUGGCUGAAAACCUGCUUCGGGUCUUCUCUGCAGUGGAACUGGUAAGCAAUAUCAUGCAAGUUCCUGAGGAAGAGACUAUCCCUGUGGAGAAGCUGGAUGGCUCCUGCAGGACAUUCUAUGGCCACUCAAGGGCCCCCAGCAUCCACUUGCAGAUAGGGGCCCUGUUGGCCUCUCUGGCUUCCCUGGUCUUCAGUCUGCAUCUUCUGUGACAUCCCAAGGACCAGAACCUCCUCCAGUGCUCUCUGAGCUCAGGAAGACUGAGCAGGCUCAAAGUCCCUGUUGUCCAUGCCAAACCACAUCCUUUCCUGAAGAAGCAGUGGGCUUACCUGGGGACAGCUCAAGACACAGGCACGCAAUAAACACAAUGUCCUUUAAGUGCUAAGUAGGCAUCUCAGCCCUGGAAGGUUCGUCUGAGCAUGGAGAGAGCAGAUUUUGUGAGAACAGCUCUGGGUCAAAAGGACACAGGAGCACCUGAGUUCUUGGAGGGGAGGACUGGAAGGAACCCAGAGGUCUGCAGAGGGUCUCAUGUGAGCAGUGACUAGUUUGAAAUGUCAUGGUUCAUGUUUCAGUGGCUACCUUCCCCCCAUUGCUGUGCAUGUACCACAUGCACACAAUCCCCUCGCCCCUACACACAUGUACUUAUGUGCACACAGCCACAAACGAAGACACUCAGAUGCACAUCUAUAUCACACACAGGCGCAUGCACUCUGCUGACACAUACCAUAGGAGAGUCACACAUAUCUAUCUGGGUUCUGUAGUGCUGGGAAGGGACCCAGGUAAUCUGAAUUUGGUCUAAUCUUGGAAGGUAGGCUCCAGAUAGGAUGGGUGCCUGCACUCACGGGGGUAUCCCACACAGCUAUCAGCAGGUUUUUUCCAGAUUCACAAGGCUUAUGGUUAUCUUCUGUGUGUUACCUAGCACGGUUGGCAGUGUGAAGCAGGGUGCCAGGCUUUCCAGUGAGGACAUUCAAGGAUGAGUCUUGUGAAUAAACUUGUGAGGGACAGCGUGAAGCAGCUCCCCUGAAUGGCCAAUGA